CAUGGCCCAAGCAUCGUCUGUAAGUGGCGUGACUCAAGCCGAUCCACACGUGCAACGAUCAGCACUUAUCAUGGAACCUCUUUCCCUCCAUAGCGCUGAAAUAAUGCUGGCCGCCUGUCGCGCUGUUAUCGCCAACGGAGAGGACGUUAACGCGCCUGACACGCUUCCACACGCAGGGCAUAAUGAAGGACGCCCACUAGACGCCUGUCUACGACAAACGCACAUGACCGGCAAGAAAUCUAUUAUGGAGAACCUUCCAGUGAUUGAGCUACUCCUGGAACAUGGAGCUGAUCCCCGGCUUUUUUGGAGGUCAGUUGGCAUACAGAAUCUUCCGAUACUGCAAGCGAAACGAUAUUCUAUUAAUAAAGAAGUGACGGAUGAGGAACGGGCAUUUUGGAGGUAUCUUUUAAGGCUGUUUGAGGAGGCUAUUGUGCGGAUUGAUGCGAAGAAGGAGGCGGAGGCGGAGGGGGGUGCUUGAAAGAUAGAGAGACGCGAUACGCAUUUUGAUUUUAAUGUUGGCCGCUCAAACGUGCAUUCUUUAGGGGAGACAGGCCCGGCUAAGUAAUGCAUAGAAGUGAUACAGAAGUCCUGCGUCCCGAGGAAGUGACUUCCCAUUCUUCAAAUGCUGGACCGGGCAACCUGAAUAUGCACGGACGUGAGCGGGUGCACGGUUUAUUUUUAGCGCUUUGUAGCUUCAUCUAGCCCGAGAAUUCGCAAACAAAUUUAGCGGAA